AUGUCUUCUAGUGAAAACUCAUCACUUUCAUCGGAUUCAAGUUCUGAUGAUUCAAAUAUCAUAGCACUCAAUGAAUGGGAGGAACGAGUUUCUCAACAAAAUCAUCAAAUCUAUACAAUUGUUGAGAACAUGUUAUCCGCCAAUCACAAUCUAAUUGUAGGGGCUCAAGCUUCUACAGUUAGAAAAAGGUAUUGUGAAAGGCAACGCGAGAUUGGUGCUGAGCGUUUGAUCAAUGACUACUUUAGUCCCAACCCGACAUAUGGGCCAGAGGUCUUCCGACACCGAUUUCGCAUGCACAAAUCUGUAUUCCUUCGGAUUGUAGAAGCUGUUACUGCUAAUGAUGAGUAUUUUCAAGAGAGACGCGAUGCUACAGGGAGACAAAGUUUGUCAUCGUUACAGAAAUGUACCGGAGCUAUGCGGGUGCUGGCGUAUGGGACAUCAUCCGAUGUCGUUGAUGAAUAUUUGCGGAUGAGUUCAACGGUGACGAGAGAUUCUCUAAUACAUUUCGUUGAAGGUGUUAUCUCAUGUUUUGGUGCCACAUAUCUUAGAAGACCUACUGAACAAGAUCUCGCUAGACUUCUAUAUGUAGCAGAUCAACGUGGUUUUCCAGGUUCGUGCAAUGAUAUUAAUGUACUCCAUAGGUCUCCUGUUUUUGACAUAUACCCUGCAUGGGCUGCAUUUGUGAAGUCAAUUGCUUCUCCACAAAUUCAAAAGCAUAAGUUGUUUGCUCAAUUCCAAGAGUCUAUCAGAAAAGAUGUUGAGCGAGCAUUUGGAGUCCUACAAGCGCGUUUCGCAUUUUUGCGAAGGCCAUGCCUUGUCUGGGACAAGAUGUUGAUGGGAAAAAAUAUGAUUGCUUGUAUAAUCAUGCAUAAUAUGAUAGUAGAAGAUGAACGUGAUACAUAUCAAAAUUAUUAUAAUCCUACUGAGUUUUUUGAAGAUACACCUACAAGAGCACAAGAAGGAAAUGCUGAAGCUUUUUGCUACUCUACUCAACGGAUCGGGAGUUUGUUUUCUUAUAUAACAAAUCGAGAUCAACUCCGCAAUAGAGAAGCUCAUAUUGCCCUUCGAGAUGAUUUGAUUGAGCACAUUUGGGAUAAAUUUGGCACAAAUAGUUGA